ACACCAUUACCCACAAUCCUGCACUCUUCCUUAGGCUCAGUGGGCGGAGCUCAAACGAAAACAUGGCAGCGGGUGUAUUAACUGGAGUAAGGCAGGUUCUCCGGGGCCCUCGGUUGGUCUCUGCUGUGUUCUCAUGUCACGGACAGACAUUCAGCUCCGCUGCAGCUGCAGUCAAAUCACCGGCAGCAGCGACAGACACCGCUGCUACAGAGAAGAUCCUGAACUUCCCACUCACUCAACCAGAUUAUUUCCGCUUGUCUGAGCUCUUCACCAUGAAGGACCUGUUUGAAGCCCGUGUCCAUCUUGGACAUAAGAAAGGCUGCCGGCAUAGGCUGAUGGGACCGUAUCUGUUUGGUUCUCGUCUGGAUAUAGACAUCAUUGAUCUGGAGCAGACAGCAGAACACCUGCAGCGGGCGCUGAACUUCACGGCUCACGUGGCGUACCGCGGUGGCAUCAUCCUGUUGGUCAGCCGCAGGCGGCAGUUCGGUCACCUGAUAGAGACGACGGCGCAGGAGUGCGGCGAAUACGCUCACACACGCUACUGGAAGGGCGGCCUGCUCACCAACGCCUCCAUUCAGUACAGCCCCGGCGUCCGGCUGCCGGACCUCAUCGUUUUCUUCUCCACACUCAAUAACGUCUUCCAGCAGCACGUCGGCAUCCGGGACGCGGCCAAAAUUAAUAUUCCCACGGUGGGGAUUGUGGACUCUAACUGUAACCCCAGUCUCAUCACAUACCCAGUGCCCGGCAACGAUGACACUCCUGUUGCCAUGGAGAUGUACUGCCGGCUAUUUAAAAUGACCAUUAACAGAGCAAAGGACAAGAGGAGGCAGAUGGAGCUUCUCAAGGGGAUUUCAGCCUCAGUAUGAAGCAGGUCAACGAGCUUCAACAUCUCUAUCAGAGUUUGUGUGGAUGUGGAUGUUGUCCUCGCAUAGAAAGUUCAGUAGAAAUAUGAGUCCAAAAAGUAAAAAUUCUGUCAUAUUAAUGUAUUAUUUUGAUUAAAGUUCAGUACCUACAAAUUUUAAACAUGUGACCAUCCUAGAACUAUGGAAGCCCAUUUCCGCCACAGAAUAAAAAAGGU